CUCUCAUUCCAACACCCAUCACAUCCCACAAGUCACAACCAUACACUAUGUCCCUUGUCCACAUAUCAUCAAAAGAGCAAUUUAGCUCUCUCCUAACAAGCUCGACUAUUGUCGUGACUGACUUUUACGCAGACUGGUGUGGGCCAUGUAAAGCCAUCGCGCCAAUGUACGAGCAGCUGGCAAACCAGUUGUCUCGUCCGAACCAGAUUACGUUUACCAAGGUGAAUGUCGAUCAACAGCAGGAUAUAGCGCGGACAUAUGGCGUUACAGCAAUGCCUACGUUUAUCAUGUUCAAGCGAGGCCGACCUGUCUCUACCAUCCGCGGUGCCGACCCCAACAAGCUGUCAGAAGCUGUGCGCAAACUUGCCACCGAGGCCAACAACAUGGAAGCUGAAGGGGGUGAGGAAUCGGCAGGAGCUGAAGGAGCUUCCGGAUGGAUCGGUGCUGGUCUGCCUAGAGGCUACAAAGACGUCACAGAUCAAGUGUCAGUCAAGGGUCUGGAUCUGCUUAACCGUGACAGCGAGCGGGGCAGCGCAGGGGUUCUUUUCGAUCAGUCCAAGCCGUCCGCACUCGCCGGCAAGGGCAAGGAAAAACAGGCAGAUUGGGUUGAGAGCGAUACGGAUGAGCAGUUGAUGUUGUACAUUCCUUUCGAUGCGAGAAUCAAGGUACACAGUCUACACAUCACCUCAUUGCCGCCGACCACGGCUGGCGAGGACGAAGACGAAGACGAGCUGCCCAUGCGGCCACGGACUCUACGGCUUUACACGAAUCGGUCGACGGUGUUGGGGUUCGACGAAGCAGAAGAUAUGGAGCCGACUCAGAUCGCGAACAUCGCGGCAGAGGAUUGGGAUAGGAAGACGGGCACGGCCAAGGUAGAGCUGCGGUUUGUCAAGUUCCAGGCAGUCACGUCGCUGGUUGUUUUCUUCGUGGAUGGCGACGGAGAGCGCGAGAAGAUUCGCGUUGAUCGGAUUCGCGUGAUUGGUGAGGCGGGUGAGAAGAGGGAGCUUGGGAAGCUGGAGAAGAUCGGCGAUGAAGCUGGGGAGUGAUACUACGAUUCUACAAUAGAUAUCGAGGGCCAGAUAUUUAGUCAAGAAGAGCCAUUGCAUUAGAACAAUCC